GUAAGAAGGUCGUGGGGACUUGGUCUGAGUUGGAGUCUCAUGGUUGGAUGUCUAAAUGAUUCUGUUCAUUGUUCAACCACGCAAUUCCAUUCUAUUCAACAAUUCUAAGAACCCAAUUCGUUAUUUUUGCUGUUACUGCUUCUCACUUCUCACUUCUCACAGAAAAAGAGGCUCUUUUUUUCCUUCUCUCUCAACUGAAUGGCGAAGCAGUGGCAAGAGGACGUGCUCGAUCUCACGCCCCUCUUCGCCAAGGAGCUUCUCGCCGGAGGUGUCGCCGGCGGCCUCGCCAAGACCGUCGUCGCUCCUCUCGAACGUCUCAAAAUUCUCUUUCAGACGCGAAGGGCCGAAUUUCAGACCACAGGGCUGUUAGGAUCAGCUAUCAGAAUUGCCAAAACAGAAGGCCCUUUGGGCUUCUACAGAGGAAAUGGAGCGAGUGUUGCAAGGAUUAUUCCUUACGCAGCUAUUCAUUAUAUGUCGUAUGAGGAAUACCGCAGAUGGAUUAUACAAACUUUUCCUGAUGUUUCGAAAGGCCCUACUCUUGACCUUGUGGCAGGGUCGCUCUCCGGAGGGACAGCUGUGCUUUUUACAUAUCCACUUGACUUGAUUCGAACCAAGUUAGCUUAUCAGAUUAUUAGUCCAACAAAGUUGAAUGCUUCGGGGAUGGUGAAUAAUGAACAAAUUUACAAAGGGAUCCUUGAUUGUCUUGCUAAGACUUACAGGGAGGGUGGCAUUAGGGGUCUCUAUCGUGGAGUAGCUCCGAGUCUCAUUGGAAUAUUCCCAUAUGCGGGUUUGAAAUUCUACUUCUAUGAGGAAAUGAAGCGCCAUGUUCCUGAGGAAUACAAUAAAAGCAUCAUGGCGAAACUCACAUGUGGAUCUGUGGCAGGGUUAUUGGGUCAGACCUUCACAUAUCCUCUUGAAGUUGUCAGGAGGCAAAUGCAGGUUCAAAAAUCCCUGCCAUCUGAUAACGCUGAAUUGAAGGGGACUCUGAAAUCUAUGGUUUUGAUUGCCCAAAAGCAAGGCUGGAAGCAACUCUUUUCAGGGCUGAGCAUCAAUUACAUAAAGGUCGUUCCAUCUGUGGCCAUCGGCUUUACAGUUUAUGAUACUAUGAAAUCAUACCUGAGAGUGCCAUCAAGAGAUGAAGCUGCAGUUGAAGUGGUAACCAACAAAAGAACCGGCCAUCCUGGCAGUAAUAAUAUAAAAUGAACCUCUUCCCAUUUUAGCUUGCUAACUCCCCAUAGGCUUCAAACUGGGGUCUUGGUCUCAGUCAUAUUGACUGUUAUUCAUACAUAAUUCUAGCUGCACAUUGCAUUCUUUUGAGUUGUACAGCGAGAUGGAGAUUAUAUUCCAUCUUCAAAUAGGAUACAAAUUGUACUUCUGUAUACGUUACCAAGGAAUGACCCCUUAGGUCUCAUUCAUUUCAUCACCUGUAUGUUGUUUAGAUAGGACAAACUGUGUACUUAUAAAUAAAAGAUAAUUUGACAUCUUUUGAA